AUGCGCUUCUUUGUGAUUAUCUUCAUCAAGGCCCCGUCUGGCAGCGCUAAUGCCGGAUCGGUGUCCCAGGCUGCCAGCAGGACCGAGGAGAAAACUCUCGUCUACGUGCUGGUUAACAACCGGGCUAGGGCUAACGUUUCGAGCGAUGCUGAGGCUAACGCAUAUCUCGCCGGCAAACCAGAAGUGUACUUCGUCAAGUACCAGGGCAAAGACGCUCAGGCUAUCGCUUCCGCCAAAUCCGCAUCCCAAGCUGGUGGUAACUUUGCCAUUUCUGCUGCUGGCAAUGCUUACACUGGUAGCUUUGCAAAUGCUGGCGCUUCGGCAGGAACAGGCGAUUUGGGCCGUAGGGCAGGAUUUGUUGGAGCGAAUGCUGCUGCCAGUGCCGGUUCAAACCUUAACUUCAACGAUAUUCCGUUGGGAAAUGGUGGUGUGGCAGAUGCCAACGCUGGUGCAAGCAGUGGUAACUUCUUCUAA